UCUGUCUCUCUCUACAGUUCUCCACCCUGGAGACGUCGCUGCUGAACGUGCCGUACGAUUCUGUGCUGAACGAACAGAUAAAGGUCUUUGUUUUCCGUCUUUGUGAGUCCAGGAGGUCAGCGCUGAGCCCCAGGAGGACCCACCCGUCUGUGCAGGAAUGGAGUCUGGACCUGCUGCAGACUAUAAUCCCCUCUCUGCUCCUCCCACCCGCUCAAUAAAAACCCCACCGGAGGACUGGGCUGCACCGUGCUCUGCUUCUCCUCUCGCCAUGUUUCCCCUGCAGCUCCUCGCUCUGGUCUUCAUCCCCUCUGCCACGGCCCAGCCUCCUCCUGCCAAGGAGGAGAAGAAGAAGGAGGAGGAGGAGGAGAACAGGUAUGAUCUGAUGUUCAGGAGGGGAGACCUGCUGGAGGUCCCCCGCACUCUCUUCACCCACUUUGGGAUUUACCUGGGAGGAGGCAGAGUGGCUCAUUUCAUCCCUGACAUCAUGCCCGUCGUCUCCAGUGACCAGAGUUGGAUCAAACGGAUGGUAACCAACACCAGACUCAUACUGGGAGUUCUGGCUAAGUGCGGCAGCGUGAGGGUGGACUCGGUGGAAGACUUCGCCUACGGAGCCGAGAUCAUCAUCAACCCCAUGGACAAGAUGUGCAGCUGCGCGGCGCUGCAGGGCGAGGAGGUGGCCCGGCGGGCGGAGAAGCUGCUGGGAGACGUGGCCUACAGCCUCCUGUGGUACAACUGCGAGCAUUUCGUCAUGUACUGCAGAUACGGCACCGUCACCAGCUUCCAGACCUUCCAGUUCUGUAAGACGCUGAGGCGGCUGGUGCUGAGUCGAGGCGUUGCCAAGGUGACGGCGGUGCUGGCUGCAUGUCUGCUGCUCCACCUGAGAGCGGCGGACACCUGGUCGGUCCUGCUGGCCGUGCUGCUGCCCUUCCUCAUCUGGAUGGCCUCCUGAGGCGACGCGCUGACCUGCUGACCCGCAGCAGGACUGGGAGCUCCAGAGCUCAAACUCCAGACCUUAAAUCCGGAUUAGAAUCAGUGAUUUGACACAAACAGAGAUAAAAA